AUGGCUACCAUACGACGCCAUCCCCGGAGUGUACUGGGGUUCUGGGGCUCUUCCGUUUCCCAGAGAAGCUUUGUCCCGUCAUGGACUGCACAUUCCAACGGUCUCAGCCCUUUGAACCUGCGGUUUCAAAGCUCCAGCUCCGAAAAUUCAUUUUCGCACCCCGACGAGCCGAACCAACAUACAACCCGCCAUCGUCGCCGUUCAAAAAGCCAGCCUGAAAGCCGGAGGUUACCACUGGGCGUUGAUUCACUCGGAAAACCCGGCGAGAUCGUAGUCGUGCCCCCGAAGCGCACCCGGACCUCGAAUCGAAAGCCGCGCGAAACGAAAGACACAACCGGCGAGGAUGCGCGGACAGUCACUCUGGGCUCGAUGCUGGAGGAUCUGGAGGAAGAAGCUGCCAUUCCGACUCCGAGCCUAAUCCGAGAAAGAAUCGAGAGUUACCGGUCCUCCUGGGGCCCAAUGGGAAAGUUGGCCGACAGCGACUGGGAGGCCGUGCGGUCUAGCCUGGCAUCAUCAUUCACCUACACACAACUAUCGGAGUAUAUCGAGGCAUACGUCCCACAUGAGUCCCAGCCAGAGGGUAGCACGGGAAGGUGGAGGCCUGGCACCUCCGCGUUUGUGCAUGCCAAUUCAGUGGGCCAGACCGGGGUGGCCAACCGAGUGCCUACAUCACAGGACUUGAAGGGCAAGCCACUGCUGGCGGAGCGGAUCCUUCGAGACUGUUGGCAACUGUCGAUCGCCGAUGAAAUUGGCCAGCUAGACCUCCGCCUUCCACCUGCCUUCAUCGCUCUCCUCCUGAAUGCAGAGCACUUUUCCUUUGACGAAGUGGCCGGUCUACACCAAUCCAGCAUCGAUAUCACUAGCUCACUGGGCCUGGUGAGGAUCACAGGACGUCAAGGUGCAUGCGAGUCCAUACGCGAAAUCAUCCUUGACGCCACAGCGAGAAUCCGAGAGGAUGCAGUUGACAUCAGAGCCCCCACCCCCACCCCGGAUUCGGUUCCAGAAAGGAUCUUGUAUCUUGCAGAAAACAAACAUGGUGCGGACAACGCUCGCAGGACCCUCAACCUUGCGCUUCACGGGAGCACUCCCGCAUCCGUCCCCUUCUCCACCUAUUUCCCUGCUUCUGAGCCUGCGAAUGUGUACAAAUAUAACCCAGGAGCCAAUGUUUCAUGGCCCGAUCAACAAAAGGAGUGGUUUCGAUGGGCCAUGCCCUCUACACAGGCCGUGGAGAUGAAAAGCAACCCGACUCCUUUCUUCGACGGUCACCAAACACGCCUCUCGGACCAUUUGCUGAGCCUUCUUCGCAAGGCUCCUGCUCCAAAUUCCGGCCUGAAGGGCGGCUUGACGGUACACGAGUCUGUGACUGCUGCCGUAGGUUGCUGUCUAUUCGCCCGGAAAUCCUCGCUCGAAGAUGCGCCCAUCAGUGCUUCGCAGCUGGGAAAGUCAUUUCUGCAAAGGACCUUUGCAACAGAGAUCCCCCAGAUCACGCGUUUCCUGGGAUCCCUUCAGCCCAUCACCCCCGAGGAUGAAACUCAAGUACACCACAUUCGACUGACUCCAUCCUUCGCAUAUUCUGGCGUUGUCCCAAAACUGGACGUCAAAAUUGCCUCUAGGUCAAGAGACUCUACGCGGAGUUCUGAGAACCCGUUUGACGUGCGAAGCAUCAAAUUGGUUCUCGAGUCGAACGCUGUUGAUUAUCUCCUGCCUGAGAACGGCCUCGACUUACGAUUUACACGUACAGCUUACUGUGAGCUUUCGGAGGCUGCAAUUGCCGAAUCUCCAGCUUAUCAAGGCCUUGCGGAGAGCAUCCGAUCGUCCUUGCGCGACGCGUUCGAUUCCAGAAGGACGUCGAGUGACUCGAUCUCAUUACCGGCAUUCUGUCAGAUUUCUCUUCCCGCCGAUCUUCUUCAAUCUGCAGCGCACUCUGAUAGUGCGACUUCGCUCACAGCGGAGUAUAUUUUGCCUCCACUCAACGAUAUCCGGGAUGCUGCUCUUCAGCAGUUUAAUUUCGCCGGUCGACGGCUGAAUUAUAGCUUCUACGAGAGCGGGCCGUUCCUCGCUGCUCGUACAACGGACGUUUCCCUGGACAUGAAGAUCUCAAGUACGGCCACCAGCGUGAAUGACGAUGGGUCUCAAAUCUCUGCGGAGUCUGAUUUCCAUUCAUUUUACAACGCUGCUUGCCGUGUGGCUUUCCAAAUCCACAACCUGAGACAUACGGAUGCCGAGGAUGGCCUAUUUGACACGGAUGGCUUGUAUUAA